AUGAACUCCACGAUGGCCGCUUCUGACCUCUCCGGGGCCCUGCUGCCUCAGGCGUGGGCAGGCAGCUUGCCUGGAGUCUCCCUGGCAUUGCUGGCGCUGGCCAUCUCCAUUUGGUUCUUCCAAGCCAGCGACGACUGGGCUAAGCUGCCAGGCCCUCCGCCGGCCUCCAAGCUGCUGGGCCACCUCCCUCAGAUGAAUGUCCUCAACGUGCACCGCUUCUGGCAGGACUCCUGCCAGAAAUAUGGCGCCAAGGGCAUGUUUAAAGUGCGGCUGCUGCAUAUGAAGGUGGUGGUGGUGUCGGAUCCGGUCCUCAUCCAGGCCAUUGUCUCGCGUGCAUCCGACCUCCCCAAGGCCGCCCAGCUGUACGAUACCGUGGAUGAGCUGUUCAGCCCUGUCGGACACCGCUCCUUCUUCAACACCCACGACAACGAUGAGUGGCGGGUGGUGCGCAAGACCACCGCCCCCGCCUUCAGCCCCGCCAUGAUCCGCAAGGCCUUCCCCAAGCUCAUGGAUGUCACCAGCGAGCUGUGCGAUGCGCUGGCGGCCAAGGUGGCGGCGGGGGAGAGCAGCGUGGAGAUGAGCGAGGCGGCCAUGCGGGUCACACUGGACGUCAUCGGCUCCACGGGCUAUGGGUACGACUUCAAGGCCCGCACCUUUGCCCGCUGCGAGUUGUUUGAGAUCAUCCCGCCGCUGCUGGGCGAGUUCACGCUGCGGUCCACCAACCCUGCGCGCGCGGCGGCGCACCGCUGCCUGCCCUUCCUGCCGGAGGCGCGCAGGUUCAGGCAGCGGGUGCAGGCCUGCCACAAGUGGUGGCGCAUCCUGCUGGCCAGCGUGCGGCAGACAGACCUGGCUGCGGCGGCCGCCGAGGGCGACACCAGCCUGCGCGUGUGCCUGGCGCAGCUGCCGUUCACAGACGAGCAGCUGAUGCCAAACGUGGCGGCCUACCUCAUCGCCGGCUUUGAGACAACCGCCCACAGCAUCGCCUGGUCGCUGUACGAGGUGGCCAGCAACCCGGCGGUGCAGCGGCGGCUGGAGGCGGAGCUGUGCGGCGCGGGGCUGCUGGGCCCCGCGGCGCGACGCCUGGAAUUCGGCGACCUGGCGGCGCUGCCCUUCCUCAACUGCGUGCUCAAGGAGGCCAUGCGGCUGCACCCCGUGGCGUCAAACGGAUCCAUCAGGAAGGCGGACAAGGAGAUCAGCCUGGGCGGCUACCGCCUGGCCCCCGGCACGCUCCUGUGGAUCCCCUUCAUCGCGCUGCUCACCUCCAGGCACAACUGGGAGCGGGCCGACGAGUUCUGGCCGGAGCGCUGGGAGCUGGAGGGGCAGGCGGCUGCCGCCACAGGCGCCGCGUCGGGCCCCACCCCCGUGGGCAACGCUAGCAACCCUGCGCUGACCUACCUGCCCUUUUCCUCGGGCCCGCGCGACUGCAUUGGGCAGAACCUGGCGCUCAUGGAGGCACGGGCGGUCAUUGCAUCCAUCGUGGGCCGCUUUGAGCUGGGCGUGGCGCCAGAGAUGGGCAGCCGCGAGGAUGUGCGCAAUGACGAGGUGAUGAAGCUGACCCUGCAGUGCAGCAAGGGCAUCCGCCUGACGCUCAAGCCGCGGCAGUGA